AUGGUGUUAAAAAAGAAGAUGAAGAAUAUCUUUCACCACAACAAAAACUCUUCGGUCGCUCCAAACGAGGAGUGGAAACCGUCUUUUGUUGCGCUGGAUCUUACACAUCCAGCCCAUUCUCACUAUAGCCAUUAUUGUGCUAAACCGGCACGGUCAAAUAAAGAGCCCUCCCCAAAGCCCGUGGUGAUGAACCGAGCAAGCCCAAUUCAAAGAAGGCACUCAUACUCUGACAACGGACAACAGCGUCUCGCGGCAUUGAAGCAAGCUGAGUAUGCCGAAAAGAUGCGUGCCUUUGAAGACUUAAUUCAAAAAAGGCGGGGUAGCACCUUGCGGGUUUUGACGGCACCGGACGUUUCGGGGUGCUAG